AGUUGGUCUGUUUGUGAUAAAAAGAUGAAAGCCCUGGUCGUGCUUUGCAGCAAAUUUCAUGUAACACGCGAGGGGAACUGAAGCAGAAACCAAAGCCAAGGCAAAGCAGCGUCUGACCUUGUCACUGGGGGGCAGAAAACAGCCGCUGCUUCCACUGGUGCAUCCAUCAAACUCCCUGGGCAAUGUGGAAUUGCAGAGAGCUCACAAAGUGCAAGUUCCUUCCAGGUCCGUGGGGUGAAUAAAAAUUGUUAAUUCUUGGCUUGAUUUGUCAUCCUUUGGGGGAAAAAAAAAAAGGUAUGUCAGCCUGGCCAUUAUACAGUUAGACCAAGCACAACUGGAAGUGGGUUGCUCCAGAGAUGAGAGUGACUGAGGCCAGCAAAGCCAAGGAGAAGCCUGUUCAGCUGCACAUCUACCAGGGAUUCCUUGGAGAGGUGAUAAAGUGAGUAAUAAGGCAAAGUGGGAGUUAUAAAGUGGAUGCAACAGCUCCAGCAGAACUUCUUCUCACUGCCACAUAGGCUCGUUACAAAGCAACAAACGUUAUCUGGAAAUCCGUUUGGGGAAAAAAAUGCACUUUGAGCAUCUCUGCAGUUCUUGUGUCUGAAGCAUUGAUCAAGAAAAUCGGCAGCACAACGCCAACAAAGGAGAAGAGAAUAUGGUGAAGGCAGCUAAGGAAAUUGAGAUGGAGAACCCAAGAGAGGCAGAGACUCCCAGCACAGGGGCCACAUGUUCCCCACCAGAGGAACAAGCUAAAAAACCCUCCAUGCUGUGUUUUAAGAAGCGGAAGAAGUCCUGUAAGAAGGGGCUGACUGUGAAGGAUGCGUGCGAAGGAGCCUCAGAGGAGAAAAGCCAGUGUGUCAGCGCUGACCAAGGGGAGGCCAAGGCUUCCAAUCCACCACGAUCCUCCAGAGGAACCUGGGCAGCCAUCAAAAACCUUGCCAGGCCUCAGAGAAGGCAGAAAUCCUCCUCACGGAAGAAGGUGCCCUCUGAUUCCCAAGUGCAGCUGGAGGUGGAUGCUGAGGAGAGCUGUGCGCAAGACCUCCCAAAGAAACGGGCGAGCUCUGGGGUGAAGAUGCCCUGUGUGAGGUUCUCCAGAGGUAAGAAAAAACCCAGCCCCUCAGAAGCAGUGGAGGAGUCAGAGGGCAGUGCUCAAGCAAAUGAAGUGAUGGGUGUUGUGAAUAAGGCUAUUGAAGAGCCAGAGGAUUCGGCCCCGACGGACAAGUCUGAAUCCCUCAGGCCAGUCUCUGCACAGGAGGAGCAGGAUACGGUGAAGCAGGAGCAGCAUAGAAUGAAGGAGGACCAGGAUACAAUGAAGAAGGACCAGGAUACAAUAAAAAAGGACCAGGAUUCAGUGAAAGAGGACAACCAUACAGCAAAGGAAAGUGACACCUCUGUUGGGAAGAGUGAGCCCCUGACAGAGCCCACACGGGAUGCAGAACAUUCGGAGUGCACUGUUCAGCUGGAGAUAACCAGUUCAGAGACAUUUGGUGAAAUAGCCCAGGACAAACAGCAGGAAGGGAGUCUGCCCUCAGCCACAGACGAUGAGGAGGGCAGGGCAGUUGCUCCCGAAGUGCCUGCUUCUAAAGAUCAACCUGACAAUGCCCCUGAAAUCACAGAGUGCCAGGAAAUCCCUCAUAUCUGCAAAGAGAUGCCUGAAAGGGAUGAACUGGAAAAGAGCAUAAAUCUUUCUAAGGAGUGCAAAGCUGAGGAGACUGUAACUGAUUUCAGUGAGUUGUCAUCCAGAGGUGAUACAGUGAGUGUGCAGGAGGCAGCAAAUGUGCAGGAUGCAGUGAGUGUAAAGGAUGCAGUGAGUGUGCAAGAGGCAGCAAAUGUGCAGGAUACAGUGAGUAUGCAGGAUGCCACAAGUGUGCAGGAGGCAGAGAGUGUGAAGGAUGCAGUGAAUGUGAAGGAUACAGUGAAUGUGAAGGAUGUAGUGAGUGCACAGGAAGCAGUGAGCGGGCAGGAUGCAGUGACUGUGCAGGAUGCAGCAAGUGUGAAGGAUGCAGUGAGUGCACAGGAUGCAGUGAGUGUGCAGGAUGCCACAAGUGUGCAGGAUGCAGCAAGCGUGAAGGAUGCAGUGAGUGUGCAGGAUACCAUCAGUGUGCAGGAUGCAACAGGCAUGAAGGAUGCAGCGAGUGUGCAGGAUGCCAUGAGUGUGCAGGAGGCAGCAAGUGUGCAGGAUGUCACAAGUGUGCAGGAUGCAGAGAGUGCACAGGAGGCAGCAAGUGUGCAGGAAGCAGUGAGUGUGGAGGAAACAGUGAGUGUGCAGGAGGCAGAGAGUGUGAAGGAUGCAGAGAGUGUGCAAGAUACAGCAAGCCUGCAGGAUGCCACAAGUGCGCAGGAUGCAGUGAGUGUGCAGGAGACAGUGAGUGCCCAGGAUGUAGCAAGUGUGCAAGAGGCAGCAAGUGUGCAGGAUGCAGUGAGUGUGAAGGAUGCAGCAAGUGUGGAGGAUGCAGCAAGUGUGCAGGAGUCAGCAAGUGUGCAGGAGUCAGCAAGUGUGCAAGAGGCAGCAAGUGUGCAGGAGUCAGCAAGUGUGGAGGAUGCAGCAAGUGUGGAGGAUGCAGCAAGUGUGCAGGAGGCAGCAAGUGUGCAGGAUGCAGCAAGUGUGGAGGAUGCAGCAAGUGUGCAGGAGGCAGCAAGUGUGCAGGAUGCAGCAAGUGUGCAGGAGGCAGCAAGUGUGCAGGAGGCAGCAAGUGUGGAGGAUGCAGCAAGUGUGCAGGAGGCAGCAAGUGUUCAAGAGGCAGCAAGUGCACAGGAAUGCUCCAGCCGUCAGAUACUGGAAGCAAAUGCAGGCGCUGGUGUCAGCAUCGUCAUCACCAUCACCGAAGCUGAGGACUCUGACAAUACCGACUCUGACCAGGCCUAUGAGCCUUCCCCAGUUUUGCACCAAAAAAAGCAAAAAGGGAAUAAAAAAUCUAACAGGAACGCUGAUGUUGGUCAAAAAGAGGGCCCUGAGGCUGGUGGCGGUCCCCAGGCAGAGGAGAAGGGUCUGGGUGACCAGGGCCACAGAACUGGGGAGCAGUACGAGCUGCUCCUCAUAGAAACUGCCUCCUCCCUCGUGAAGGCGGCCAUUCAGUCAUCCAUAGAGCAGCUGGUCAACGAAAUGGCCCUGGAACAGAAUAAGCACAACAGCUUUCUGUGAUGGCAGCCUUGCCCAGAGAGAAAGGGCAGAGGGAGUGAUUUCAAGCUCCGUUUGGCCUGCGGGAUGUGAGGAGAACUGGGAGAGCUCCCGGGGCCGCGGUGUGGUUCAUUCUGCAUGCCCGUUCAGUUGUGUCCAUGUGAAACGAUCCCGGGACGUGGGCAGGCCCUGCUGAGGGCAGCGUGUCCCCUGGGCCUUCAGACAGCGCCACUGGCCACAGCUGCGGAAACAUUAAGGUGUUACAGUGACUGUAUUUCCACUUAUUGGCACAUUUCUGUCACGGCCACAUCUCUGCUGUCCCCCAUGCCCUGUUUCCCUGCUGUUCUCGCUGUAGAUCUGUGCAUACCACGUGUUGGAAGAAAGGCCCUGAGAGGCAGCGACCUCUGCAGACCUGCUGCUGGGGUGGAUCCAGGGCAUACUGAAACAUCUGGAGCCUCGCUGGGCCUUUAUUGCAGAUGAGGAAGAGCAAAGUGUCUGCAAUAUUAACAAGAAAUCAUCAAUGCCAGGCUGUGCUUUGUGCUGUGACUGGCCCUCGCUAGGCCCGGGCGCCAGGAGCCGCGGUCAGUGCUGUGGCCCGGAGCCGGCGGGUUCCAGCGAGCUCUCUCCUUCCUUCCUUCCUUCCUUCCCUCGGCCUCUCCCCUGUCAGGAGCAGCCUGUGCAUCUCCAGACACGCUAAAGCUCAGCACAUAAGCCUCGCCCUGCUGACCCCGGGCUGAAAACGACAGCACUUCGUCUGCUGGGGGAGCCUUUCUCGCACCAUUGAACUCGACGGGCACAAUUCCCUGCGGGAUCACGGGCUUGGCCGGGCAGGAGCAGCCCUGCCGCCGCCAGCCCCUGGCCCCCCUCGCCUUCCUCCAUCCCCAUCCCGGUGUCGUGCUGAAGCUCUCCUCGGAUGUAGCAUAUUUUUUUAUCCAUGGCAUGCGAUAUAAAUAGCAGUGAGCUGCAUGCGUGUUAGCAGUCAGCAGAGUUUGGGAAGCUGCAAUGUGCUGCCGGCACAGGCUGGGAUUGCUUUGGUUUGGUCUGAGUGCCGCUGGCAUCCCCGGCUGCUGGCGGAGCCUGUCCCGCACCGCUCCCCCCUCAAAGCCCUCCCGCCUCCAUCCAGCCCAGGCAUCCCUUGGGAAUCGCAUUGUGCCCGGCUCGCUGCCACCAGGCUCUGGCACGCCAUGGAGCUCGCUCUGAAACAUGCAGGGAAAUGAUGGAACAAUUUUACCAAAGUCCUCAGGGAAAAAAAAUCCUGACAUGAGGACAUGGCUGGAAAAUGCCUGGACAAUCCUACUGCUGUCAGACCCCAGAACUGCCCUGCCCGAGGGGUUUGCACCAUGUGUGUGUGUGUGUGUGUGUGAGCAUCACCUCCAGCUACCAGCACCCCAGGAGAAAGGAGCCUUUUAAAAAUAUGGGAUUGCAUCUGCGUGGCUGGGAUUUGUGUCCAGCUGUGGGCAAGGCAGCGUGUUCCUCUGAGACAAUUCUCCUGCGUGUUCCCCAGCUGGCACAGAAAUAGCGGCAGUGCUUGGUGAUUGCUCACUGACCGUGCACUGAGAUUUCCCUGCCCAGCACAGGCUUUGGAUUCCUGCUAAAAUACAAGGGCUGUACCUGUCCCUCCUAUCUGGUGCACAAACAUGUUUUAAACCUUGAUGAAAAAGCUCCUCGAUAUCACGAGAGGACUGCCAGCAGCAAGAGCCACAGCUCAUCUCUGUGCAAGUGAAACUUAAAAAAACCCAGAGACUGGUAAAGAAAAAAAGUGUCUUUUUCUUCCUGUGAAUUUGUUUAUUAUCAGCUAUUGAUAAUUCAGUGUGUACAAUUUUAAUGGCUUUGUACUUCAUACUGGUCCUUCCAGGUAUUUUGCCAUAGUUUUGAAAAAUGGACUUUUAAAGGACUUUUAGACAUACCUUUGGAGCUGCCACAGCUCACCGUAGGAAAAGCCAUCCUGGUACUGGGAGAGGCUUACAGGAUUACACUGGGCACUGUGGCAGGCUGGUGCUGAGCAGAGGGCUGCAGCAUUGCUGUGGGAUCCCACUGGAGUCAGCUGCAGAGGAGGAUGUCCAAGCUUUAGUAAAUAAACACAAAAUAACCCCCCAGGGCCAGGCUGUCAGCCUCCUAAGCUGUUUUGGGAGGAUUUGGUGUUAUUUCAGUACUGCCUUUUAGGUGAAACAUGUCUUCAAAAAAAGAGGAGAAUGGCAAAAAUGCCCAGUCCAGCCCUGCCCUGUGACUUGCUCCAUGUCAGGGGUUGUGUUUGCAUCCUCUCUUGUGUCUGGUUUUCCCUCUGUUAUAGCUGUACAUAGAACUGAUGAUUAUUUCAUUAAAGCUGAAUGUACCUGUUGUUUUCUUGCCUUGUGAUUGAGUGGGCAGCUAUGGAGAGAUUUUAGAUGUGAAAGGAUUAACUCACAGGGGUGCUCCAUUGUGUCCAGCUUUUUCAGGCAGUCCUACAGUGAGCAGAGAGAAAUCUUAAUGUUGGUGGCAGAUCCAAAUUCCUUGGAGGUUUGCUCCUCCUCUGCCCUUUCUAUGACAUUUCCAUUUGGUUGCUGGUCAGUCGUUUCUACUACAGAGUCCUGGCUGCCCAGGGACUGCUGUAAGGAAUUUGUGAAGGAUCACAAAAUCUCUGGCAGCUAGGAAAAGCCACCCUGCUGCCCCAGGGUUAAAUUCCCUGUUAGAUACCCCAUGGCACCAGAGGAAAAUGUUUGAGGCUCUGCAGACUGACAAGGGUGGUGCUGACAGCGUUCAGGUUGGGGCUGGAAUUUAGGGAAGGGGACAUUUGGUGCUUUGGCACUUUCUGUGGCAGAUCAAAUCAGUCCCACACCCUCUUUUUUUUUUUUUUUUUAAUAAUGUCCUUCAUGUAAUUUAAUUUCUUGGGACAGUUUAAAACAUGCACAAAAUAUGAUGGAAAGGUGUUAUAAAUUUUUAAUAGUGUUAAUACUAUCUAUUCUUUCAGGUUUACAGAACAAAAUAUAGGCUCAUAACAGCUGCUAAUGACUUAAUUAAGACUCUCUGCUCCUUCCUUAUGAUUAGAGAGUAGAACAUUAAUAAAACAUUUAUUCUUUCAUAGAAGGAAUGAUAAAUUUACUAUUGGGAAAGGGAACCAGGGAACCUGUGAGGAUGUGGCUGUGCCACAGCACCAAAGGGUGGCCUGACUGUAGGACCAUCAUCCUCACCAACAGCUAAAAUAAUCCGGAAUUAUCAUAGAAUCACAGGAUCAUUUUCAGGUUGGAAAAGACCUCUAAGAUCACCAAGCACUGCCAAGGCCACCACAGAACUGUGUCCCCAGGUGCCACAUCUCACACCUACAUAUUAUUUAAAUCCCUCCAGGGAUGGUGACUCCACCACUGCCCUGGGCAGCCUAUUCCAAUGCUGGACACUCCUCUCAGGGAAGAAAUUUUUCCUGAUAUCCAAUCAUUUUGAUAGCCCUAUUCAGCUUCUGAGCUGUCUGGCUCCUUACCCAGAAAUGCAUUGCUUGCUGCCCUCUGAAUUGUGGAAGUGGUUCUUCUGCUCACCCCACAGCCUGUGCUGCUGCUUUUGUCCCAGGUGUUCCCAGUGCUCUCCUCAGGGGGGACAAUUCAGCUCUACAUCCAACAAUUUCCCUGUCCCUGCUUUGCUGUGUCAUUUUGAAUAUUUUCAUCUCCCACAGCUUUUUAUGUUAACAGCAAAGAAAAGAGUGUUUAAAUAGUAUAACUCAUACCCAAAAAGGCUUCCAGGGGGAUAAAAAGCUUUUCUGUUAAGACAACACUGAGCCCAGCAGAAAACAGGUGCAUCCAUUGAAAAGUUCCUUGUGGAAACUGCCAGUAGACAAUGAUGGCACAAACAAAUAUUGCAUUUUCUUUCCUGCCCUGGGACACCAGAAAUGGAUUAGAAAUGCACAGGGGCAGAUCUCCAGCUGCUGAAGGUCAUGGCAGCUCCAUGGGCUUCAAAGGACUGACUCUACAGCAGCCAGGAGCCUGGUGUUUGAAUCCAAGGUGCAAUCCCUGCAUAAAUCGUGGACAUUCUCAUAUGCAACAUGUAUAAAAGGGAAGAUGCAGUUGUGGGGGGUUUCGUUGUUGUUUUUGUGGAGUUUGGGUUGUUUGGUUUUGGUUUUUUUUCACAAAUGCAUGCAAGAAAUUGAGUAAAUUCACAAAAUACAUGGGAAUCCUGGUUUGCACUUGGGAUGGAUGGAUGGAUGGAUGGAUGGAUGGAUGGAUGGAUGGAUGGAUGGAUAGAAGCCAGACCCACAUGUACAGGCAGUGAAGCCCUAAUGCUUCCUGUGUUAUAGAUAGAACCUUUCAACAUGAGUAACUCAAAAUGAACUGCUCCAAGGAAACAGAUUGAUUUAAAUAAUUGCUUUAAUAUGAUUUUACCUCUGCAGUUUUAUUUCCCAGAGCAAUGGUUCUUGUCAGCUCUUGUUGGGUACUACUAAAAUAAUGAAAUACUUUUCAUUUGCAAACGGACAAAAUCUUAACAUUAAAUAUGACUUUAAAAAACA